UGGCUGAACGGCGUCACAGUCGCAGUGUGUCAUUUCAAGGCAUAAAUAACAGACGCUCAAGCCCGUCCCGUCUCCCAUGCCGUUCCGACGCCAGGAUAAUGCCUGACAGCCACCACUCGAUGAAAACACUCGUUUUUUAAACCCCUUCCCCAAAGCUUGGUACAAAUUCAGGAUGGAAAUUGUUGCUACGGGCAACAUGUCCCUCCUGUCGUUGACUUUGGCGCUUCUCGCCGUCGUCCUCUGCACUUCUCCGGUCAGCGGGAACGAAGACUGUCUGUGGUAUGUGGACAAAAACGGCACCUGGCACAACGGCUUCGACUGCCCUCUCAUCACAUUCUGCUGCGGGAACUGCCACCGGCGUUACUGCUGUCUGGACGCCUUCAAGAUGAUUACGGAGAGGGAGCAGAAACGCUGCAUGCUCUUCCAGUUCAGCCCCACCACUUUAGCUGGCAUUGCGUCCUCCAUCCUCCUCUUUGUGGCCAUUAUUGCGACCAUGGUCUGCUGCUUCAUGUGUUCCUGCUGUUACCUCUAUCAGAGAAGGCAGCAAAGGGGCAGAACACCUUAUGAUGCUCAGCAGAUCCCCAUGGCCAGCUACCCAGUAGAGCCCAUGUAUGAUGCUUAUGGAAAACCACUUGGACCCUCAGAGUAUCCACAUGCAGGUUAUCCUAUGGCACCUCAGUAUCCUGGCAUGCCCCCACAGUACGCCAUGAUGCAGCCGGGACCUUACCCACCACACAUGAUGGAUCCUGCAUUCAGCCAGGCCCCACCACCUUACUCACCACCUCAGUAUCCUGGCCACUGAUGGAUUCAUCUUCACACACAAUUAAAAGGAAACAUCUGCAAAUGAGAGGAAUGACUGUUUGAAAAAGAGAAGGCAGCAACACUCGUACACACAUGUACAGUCUAACACAUUCAAAACUACUAAGUUGACAAACAGGUUAUUCAAAGGAGGGAAACCAGAGACACUUUUAAGUUUUUUUUCUUUUUGUUUUACCUUGUUUAUUUACAGCACUAUCCUACUUUCCCACAGUACUAACGCAAAUCAGAUUCUAUCCUACAGCCUGACUCUUGAUGGCUCCAGGCAUGAUUCACAGCAGGUGUCACAUCAUCCUUUAAACGAAAAGAAGUGUGUGUCAAGAUACUUCCACUUUUCUGACGCACUCACCUCAAUGACAGGGUGUCAUCUAAAGACAGGGUCCAUUGGUUGGUGUGUCUGAGGGGUGUGCAAAAACCAUAAUGCAUUCCUUUAUUUGUUGAAGAGAACAAUGCUUUGCUUCCUCAUGUUUGUUAGAAUUGAAUAAAUUGACUGUCAUUACAUUCCAUAUAUUCUCCAUCUCUCAAACAAAUUCUGCAGCUAUAAUACGACAUCUUUAUGUCUUUAUCUGUGUUUUUCUCACGUUGUGGUAGAGGCUGAAGUUGAAAAAAAAAAACUAGAAAUGAGCUGAAUUUUUUUCUUUUUUUAUGAUGAUCUGUUUGGAUCAAAGUGAGAUGCGUUAACUUAUUUUAUUAAAAUUUCUGUUUUGUCUAAGAA